UACGCACUUCCUGUCCUCUAACGAAGUUCCCCCUCUUCGCUCCAUCGCGCCGUGACGGCUAUGUUGUGGUGAAAGAAAAUACGCCGUCGAAAAGAGACGGGAAUACGAUUAAACAUGACAUUUCGACCGAGAGGGACUUAAGGAGACGUUGCACGGAAACGAAGGACGUAUUCGACGAAGAUUUUGGUUUAUCUUUAUGUAUCCCUCCGCAUGUCCGUUUUCAUCGGAUGGUCGCAGGCGAGCGUUGUCUGACGGUGGACGACAAGCUCUCGACGAGUAACAUGAAGGAGAUGAUUGGAGGGUGCUGUGUAUGUUCUGACGAGCGAGGCUGGGCUGAAAACCCCCUUGUUUACUGCGACGGACACGGCUGCAAUGUCGCCGUACAUCAAGCUUGCUAUGGCAUCGUUCAGGUGCCUACUGGUCCAUGGUUUUGCAGAAAGUGUGAGUCUCAGGAGAGAGCAGCUCGUGUGAGAUGUGAGCUCUGUCCUCACAAAGAUGGAGCCCUCAAGAGGACAGACAAUGGAGGCUGGGCCCAUGUGGUUUGUGCUCUCUACAUACCGGAGGUGGAGUUUGCUAAUGUGUCUACUAUGGAACCCAUAGUUCUCCAGUCUGUACCUCAUGAGCGCUACAACAAGUCUUUUUGUGCACAGACGUGUUACAUCUGUGAAGAACAGGGUCGAGAGAGUAAAGCAGCUACGGGAGCCUGCAUGACAUGCAACAAACACGGCUGCCGACAAGCAUUUCAUGUCACAUGUGCCCAGUUUGCUGGGUUGCUAUGUGAAGAACAAGGCAAUGAUGCAGAUAAUGUUAAAUACUGUGGCUACUGCAAGUACCAUCACAGCAAAUUGCGAAGGAGCAGGGGCCGUGGUAGUAGGUCUCAAAGCUUAAGUGACUCUUCCUCUCAGAGUAUGGAUAGACCCCCAGACCAGGACAAGAAGAAACACAAGGAGCGCGACAGACACAAACCGAAACACAAAAAGUCUGCAAUGGACAUGUCACCCUCGCUCGUCCUACCAAACAUCAUGGUCCCAGAAAAGACCUACAACAGCGGAAGUUCGGCAGGAGCUGUCAACUCCCUACCAGCAUCUUCACAGAAGAGAUUGGAUGACAGCGCCGCCCGGUUCACCAACGCCAACUUUCAGGAAGUGUCCUCCUCUCACUCCAGCAACAAUACCAAGGAUGGUUUGGCUGCUGAUCCGGGCAAGUCCGCGUCUGAGGUGAAGAACAAGAAGAACAGUGGCGCGGGUCAUGCGGUGGGAUCCAGGGUCGGGCGCAAGUCCCUCACCUCCUCAGGGAAGCCCCUUCCCUCUACUGUGGUCACUAUGGCAACCUCCUCUACGUCUGUGUCUGCUUCCACCGGCCCUUUCCAUCAAGGCCUCCUUUUGACCAGUGCCAGCAAAACCCCCUCUGCACCUUCUUCCGACUUCAUAAGUUUCACAGAUUCAUCGCUGCGUCCCAGUGGUGGAACUACUUUUUCAUCUCCACCGACCUUCAGCAGCUGCCUUGUCAAACCGAGCUCAGAGGGCGGAGCUUCUGAAGGAACAGCAACCCUGUUUGGUUCUCUCAUGUCUCCCACAACAGCUUCUGCAGUGGGCGGGAAGCUGUAUGAGAAUUCCCACAGUCACACAGCAGGUGAGACAGCAAGCCUGGUUGGGUCCACCGGCUUCAAACGGGCCCAGCCUUCCAGCACUGGACUUGGUAUUGGCGGAGCCCCUACCGGAGGGACAGAAGAUGGGGUGAAAAAGAAAAAGAAAGGCAAUUGGAGAAACAGAUUUGGACCCUGCUUUACCACAGACGUGAAGCCCACUGAGCCAGCACCAUCCCUAACUCUCCCCACCUCGUCAUCGACCAGCACCUCCUCCUCCACCGCCUCCGUUGCCGUCUCUGCCUGCUCCACGCUCUCAGGCCGGCCAGGUUUAGUUUCCAGCAGUGGAUUAGGAGUGGGAAUUGGAGGAGGAGCAGAACGGGGGCUGGGGGUCAUGGGCGUCGGUGGCGGGAUUCAGAAAUCCUCGUCACUCCUCAGGAACGGAGGCCUGCAAAGCAACAGCAGCUCCACCUCUACUGUCUCAGGUGUCUUCUCUGGAGAUGGCUCAUCGUCAGGGAGCGGAGUUGUUACCAUGGGCGGAGCAGGCUCGGAGUUGUCACAGCAACAACAGCCCACUCCUUCCCUUGCCCCGCCCUCUCCAUUCACAGCUACCGCACCACUUAACAGCACAGCCUCCACACACGUGAGCGGGCUGCCAGGAUCGGUCUUUAACCUGGCUCCUCCUCACAUGUUUGGUAACAGACUGAACCCAAACUCCAGCAUGGCAGCUCUCAUCGCUCAGUCUGAGGCAACACCAGCAGAUCAGGAGGUGGGAGACGGCAGUGGCGGAUCUCAGGGCUUUUCCGUAAGAGCUUCUCCCAAGACCACCCCGCGCUCUCCCAUUGGUGGCCUGCAGAUCCGCUAUGACUCUUUGGGGUCGUUGCCAGGGCCGGGGGUUGGGUUGCUAGGGUCUGGGGGAGGCGUCGGGGAGACGCUGCCCCCGGUGGCCACCAGUAUCGAGCAGCUCCUGGAAAGGCAGUGGAACGAAGGGCAGAGCUUCCUGCUGCAGCAGGGAGCCCAAGGAGACGUAGUGGGAAUGUUGAAGUCGCUCCAUCAGCUGCAGGAGGAGAACAGGCGUCUGGAGGAGCAGAUCAAAACCCUCACCAUGAAGAAAGAGAGGCUGCAGCUUCUCAGCGCUCAACUAUCCGUGCCUUUCACCCCUUCGACUGCUUCCUCUGAGGUCAGAGGUACCCAGGCUGGAGUCAGUGACUCGUCUUUACCUGUAGCAGCUCAGGACGGUGCUUCAUGCGGAGGCCACAGCAGCAAUGGCUCCACCUCCUCCCUUUCCACCCCUCCCUCCGUCUCCCAGAGCCCUCCUCAGCCGGCUCUCAAUGGGGUUGCGACAGUGGGGGCCAGCACAGCCGGGCUGAGUGGCGUGACGGGCCUUAUCGGCGCUCUGGGGGCGGGAAACGUGCUGGGCAUCGGGGGGAUCGUUGGAGCACUAAACGGUGUGAUCCAGACGCCGGCAGGGACCGCCAGCCCCCACACACACACUACAGGAGCAGCUGCAGGCGUCACUCUGCCCGUCAAUAGCAGCAGCUCAGCCACUAGUAAGAACAGCACGGCGCGGCUCGGCCUACUGUCGGAGCAGCAGAGGCUCCUCCUGCAGCAGCAGCAGCUCCAGCAGCUGCUGGCCUCCCAACCUUCAGGGGAUCAGCAGCAGGUGUUGCUCUACCAACUGAUGCAGCAGCAGCAGGACCUCCAGCAGCUGCAGUCCCUCUCCUCCUCUGCCCAGAUUCCCUCCAUCUCCCUCUCCUCCGCUCAGAUCCCCAUCAACAACCUGCUGCCCGGCACCGCCAGCCAAGGCCAAGGCGCCAUCACUGCCAACCCCUUCCUGGCGCUGCAGCACACACACACCGACACGCACGGCUCAGGGGCGCAGAAGCCUCGGCUAGCCGAGAAAGCCGUGGGCGUUGCGGGGCAGGAGAAGACAUGACGGCAUAUGCUCUUUUGUUUUGGAGGUGUUUUUUUUUUUAUUCAGUAAUUAUGCAGAGUUUGAGAUCAGCCUGUUGGUCAACCUUGAGAGAAAUCUGAGCAGAUCGUUUGUUUGUUUUAUAGUGAAAACUGCUGAAAAGGAAAAGCAGUCAUUUCAGCUUCCUUUGUUUUUGCCACUUUUUCGGUUCAUUUUGUCUCAACUCACACUAUUUAUUCCUUUAAAACUUUAGAUAUUGUUCUUUAUCUCUGUAGUGCUGCUUUUGUUUUUUACUUUUUGUCUGAUUAUAUGUUUUUAAUUUAAUUUUCCUAAUAGUAUAUAAUUGUUUAGCACCUGAGCAUUGUAUGAUUCUGUUUAAUUUUCCGGUAAAUGAACAAUCAAGUUGAAUUACCAGAAAGUAUGUCUGUCAUGUGUUCCUCCUCUGCUCUUCUUCCCACGACGGUUCGGUCUCCUCUGCUGUUUUCUCUCAGGGGCUUCAGCCAACCAGAGCUGCUCUCUCAACACUCACGCAGGCGCAGCCGCAACUACAAGGUUAACCAGAAAAGAGAAAAAUGACAGCAGCUCAUGCUCAAACCCAGAAAAACAGUUCCUGAGAAUAGCAGUGAGCAGUAGCAGAUGAAUGUUUGACAUCUGUCUCGCUGUAGUCCCAGGAGGAACUCUGGGUCAGUGUUGUGAAAAAAUUCCACAUGUUCUCACUGCAGCCUCUCCCCCACGUCUCAGUCUGUCUGCAAUCCUCUCACGUCAGCGAGCCGCGGUCACCUCAGAAGCCUCGAGUUCGACUGUUCUUAUCUGGGCCAGAUACAGGGGGCUCAAUCCGGAAUGUGAAAUGCCUUCAACUUUAAAAAACAAAACGACUGUUUGAAUCUGCAGAGGGAUCCAUUAAUCCCCACUCAAACCAGUCUAGCGGGGUUUGUACAUUUCAUCUUCCUGACUCAGCCCCCUGCUGCAUCUACCUCUUGAGCAGGACCUAAAAGACCGGCGGCAGCGGCCAUUUGCAGACUCACCACAGUCAGGACUGGCCAAUCAGGGUCCAAACCCAAGUGCCUGAGGCCCAAGGAGUUUUUUUUGUUUGUUUGUUUUGUUAUCUUUACGUCUCUGCCAACUUUUUCCACAAAGCCACUGGUAAAACGCUGCAUUGCUACUGCAAAGUCACAAGAAGAAGAAAAAAACACUCGCUCCAUCUGGGCUGCUGUCUCUUUAAUAAUUUAGGAAGUUUUAUUCUGCUGCAUUCUGUAAUAUCAAAGUUGUGCUUUUUAUUUAUCUGGAGGGUUUUGUGUGUGUGUGUGUGUGUUGGGCACAAGAUAAUAUAUUUUACAGCCCGUUCGUUUUGUGACUUCACAUUUUGUACUACUGUGUACAGUUUUGUCUCUUUCCCCUCCCAACAGUCUCUUCUUGCUGUAAACUAAUUCCUUCAGUUUGUGUUUGAAAGCUACUUUGGGGGGUGGGGUGUAUAUAGCUGUUUGUUGGAGAGGAGGAAGUGUUUCAGGGGCCUUCGGUGGCGCCGGUUUUACCUCUUAAAGUGUACAUAAAGCUUUCCCAUUGGCCGUUGGUGUAAAUAAGUGAUUGUGAUUGGCCAUGUAAAGGAAAGCAAACACCUCAGAUUGUGUGUGUGAAUCUUUAGGACCAGACGAUUAAGAUGGACAAUGACUGGACAGCAAAAGUAUUAAUUUAUUUUUAUAUGUGCAGGGACAUUGUGUGUUUUUUUUCUUCCUUUUUUUAAAAUUAUGCACCAUUUUCUGGAUGGUUUUAUACUCUGAGCACCAUGUUUACAUCUGUGCACAUCUGUUUGGAUCAAUUUUGUACAGAUGUAAAAAAUAAGUUGAUUUGUUGUUUCGUUUUUUUUGAGGGGGGAGUGGGUCUGACAAUGUAUUGCAAAA